AUCGCCCAUCCCUAUAUGUCAAGCCUCCGUCGUGGCUUUCCUAUCUGACAAACUGUUAUCUAGGAAUGAUCCAAUUGUUGUAACAAUAUUGGACGCUUUCAUUUUAUCAAUUGUGCAGUAGAAAUGCAAUCUAUGACGUGCAGGGAACAAUAUAAGUGCACUAUGUGAUACGUCGAGUCGCGAUACAGUUUCGAAUCCAUGUUCUACAAUUGUAAACAUUAAUCCACGCUUGUACUCUGAUUUAUCAGCGAGUCUUCCGUCAUGAACGCUUAUAACAGAAGUGCACCAGGUAUAUCAGGGAAUGCUUUUGAUUGUUGGGUUCAGAAGACUAAUAUGCAUGAUGAUUCCACUAUAACAAAAAUGCAACAUCAAUUCUGGGUGACAAAGCAGGCUUUGUCCCGGAAAUUGGGAAAAAAGGAGGAUGAAUGUAUAGUUGCUUCGGAUGCUGAGCUGGAUGCGAAGCUGGAAUUGUUUCGUAGUAUCCAAGAAUCUUGUUCUUACUUACAAAGAGUUAUUGACAGAUACCAAGAGAGAUUAUGUAAUCUAGCUCAGGAAGAAAAUGCUAUGGGACGUUUUUUGAAAGAUGCUGGCAAGCAAGACAAAACUCGUGCUGGCAAAAUGAUGUCAGCAGUUGGUAAAUCUUUAUCAUAUUCUGGUCAACAAAGACUUGCAUUAAGAGCACCUUUAGGUCGAUUGUAUCAAGAAGUGGAAACAUUUAGACAGAGAGCUAUUGAAGACACUUUACAAAAUGUGCAAGCAAUGGAGAAAUCUCGUACAGAAUACCGAGCUGCUCUGUCAUGGAUGAAAAACAUUUCUCAAGAAUUAGAUCCAGAUACAUCCAAACAAUUAGAAAGAUUUAGAAAAGUUCAAACACGUGUUAGACAGGGCAAAAUAGCCUUUGACAACUUGGCUUUGGAUUGUCUUCAGAAGGUUGACUUAUUAGCGGCAGCAAGAUGUAAUAUGUUCAGCCAUGCUUUAGUUUUAUAUCAAACGACUCUCCUGAAUUUUACUAAAAAAUCUGCACAAGCUUACUCUACAAUAGCAAGUAGCUUCAAAGGCUAUCAGCACUAUGACUUUACAGUCGUACGAGAACUGGCUGAAACUUCCAGUAAAUUGGCGCAAGAAACUGGCGGUGAUGACGAUGCAGAGGACAAGGACAAAUUGCCGUUCUUCGAUAUGGACUAUCAUGACGACGUCGAGGAGGCUCAAGAGGCUACUGCAAAUUCGGAAAAUGCAUCAGAGAAAAAUAAGCAUGACGAGAAACUCUUGGACAUAGAGAGUGAACCGAAAGAUAUACUGAUAGGUUUAGAUACCAUUACAGAUUCGUCAAGGAAUGGCAUCGUACACGAUACUAAUGAUACAGAGAAUGACAAAAGUCUCGAAGAAUUCUUUGGAAAUUUAAUUCUGGAGAAAAACGUUCGCGACAGCAUCGGGCAAUCGGUUAAGAAGGCCGAAGAGAACAGUCAUUCUGAAUUGAAUAAAAACUCUGAAGAGCAGAAGCUAGCAAUGGAUAUAUUCGGAGAUUGCAAUACAAACUUCAGUCUGACUGAUUUAUCUUCCUUGUCGCCAGAGGCUCAGCAGCAGCAAUCGUUAAAUCUGAUGGCCUCCGAAAGUGCAGCGCUUCUCGACGAAAUCCUGAACGAUAAGCAAUGCGUCAAUAGCAGUGAUUGGGAAGGCAUGUCAAGUGAUACUUUUCUACCGCCAAAUAUUUUGAAGCAGAGUCUAGGGGAUGCAGCACUAGGUAUGGGACAGAAGGGUAAUAUGACAACCAGUAAUAUAGAUGACAAAGUAAAAAAAGAACAAGAAGCAGAAAGGUAAUUCGUGGUUGGACUUAUUCGCAGAAUUGGAUCCAUUGGCUAAUAAUCCAAUGGAAAAUCUUUCUGGUGAUAGUAAUGCUUCUGCUUAAUUCGUAACGUGUUUUAAUGGUGUAUUACGCUGAUAUGAUCACUUGAUACUUAUAUCAAGGGAAAAUUAAUUAAGCUAUUAUUUGUUGAGUAUGAUGAUGAUGCAGUGAGCGUUCAGUUCACAGUGUUUUCACUUCGUACAUUUGUAUCAGUAUUUACCAGUAAGCUUUUAAAUUUAACAUUCCAGAUUUAUUUUUAGUGAAAUCGUCAUAAGAAUCAAAAAUAUUCGAAUUUACAUAAUUUUUCAUAUAAGCUAGAUAUACUUACCAAAGACAUAUAAUGUUUAUUGAACAUUAUGCUAGUCAUGUUUUCUUUCAAAUAUAUUGCAAAAGAUCUUCAUGAUAAAUAAAUUUAUUAUGGAACUC